AUGAAGCUUCACUGGCAAUGCUGGUCGUUGUUGCUGGCCUGUCUGUGCUUUUGCAGCGGAAAGGAGAGCAGAUUUCUACCGAAAGGUCCGUCAAAGCUGCAAGCAAAGCUGACGAGCGCAAGAUGGAUGAAGGACAGAGUGACGAAGCCCAGCCUGGAGAAUGUAAAUCAGAACCAGAAGCAGCUUGCGCACCUCGUUAGCAGAGGUCUCCAGCAUCGAGGACCUCAGCUGAUCAGGCCUCCUGGCAACAUGCCGGCUCUUGUCUGCCAGAGGGUGAAUGGUGUGGAUGGCAAGUGGGGUCUUCUGUGUAAACCACUUCCUCCGACAAACACGUCAGAUGAGAACUCUACGGACAUCCGGGCAGCACAGAAGAUCGCAGACGAGCUAGCCCGUCAGGCGAGCUCCACCUUUACCUACAUCAAGAACAAGAAGCACUUCUACAAUGUGCACUAUGCGGACUCGUCAGCUCUUAAGAUCAAGACAGGAUUGGAUGUGGUUGAGCUCGGCCCUUACCGUUUCUUCUCAAGAUUCGGCCUAAUCGAGGAAGCAGUCUCAGGAAGACCAGGAGCCGACUUGCAAGGAGCGGACGGGAUUCUUGGGUUCGGCUACACAGACCUCCCACGAAGCGCGUCCUUGAUGAAGACGAUCACGCGUAGAAGAAGGCCGAGCUGGAACGUAACUCAGCCGGCUUCAUUCCCGAUUCUCCGUCACAACAUUUUUUCGGUUCUUUCAUCAAGCACUGCGGGAGAGCUCCAGCUCGGUGGGUACGACAGUCGGUCGUAUGAGGGCGACAUCAUGUGGACGAAGAUGGUCAACCUGACGGGUUACGGUGUGAAGAUAGUCUCAGUUCAGUAUGCGGGAAGGGAGCUGCUCGAGCUAGGACCCAAAGGGAGGCACUUCGGCGGGAUCCUCGGAGUGUUCGACACAGGAAGCACAUGUCUAGAAAUGCCCCGCGGUCUCUUCCAAGGGUACUACAUGUCCAGCUUGUUCGACAACUUUGCGAGUCUCGCCUCCGGCAACCCGACGUUGCCCAUCAUUGUGUGGAGCGGACCAAAGUGGGAGAAGGAGGUCUGCGCGCGAGGGAGUUGGGAGAAUGUAUGGAGCGAACCGUGGGGAUGUACGAACCCAUUUGAAUCGGACAACCUGAUGCUGUUUGGUCAUCAUGUCUUCAGAGCGUACAUGCAAGAAAAUCUGUACCAUCAUCGUCGACCUCCUGCUAUCCUUCUGUCACUUGUUCUCAUCUUCGUUCAGGUCAUUCACUCCAUGGUCCCUCCUCACUACAAGAUGGGCUUUGCCAAGAUUGCUAAGGAUUACCUGCCUCUUAUAGGCAAGCAGAAGAGUCGAAACGUUGAUGACAACGAUCCGGCCAAGGUUGUCUCCUUUCUGAUUCAGUGA